AUGGUUAAUGAUCAAUCACGAACUCGAAGUCCUCCAUCUCCGUCACCGAGAGGCCGACAGGAGUACAAUAUGAUUGAUGAAGUCGUCGCCGUCGCCUUCGUCGUCCUCGAAGCCGCUCAAGAGGAAGAAAAAGACAAAAGAAGUGAUCGAGCCCGUUCGGAGGAGGAUCGAAAGAAGAAUACUGAGCUCAAAGAGACGGUAGAAAAGUUGGAGAACAAGAAUAAACAGCUUGAAAGGGAACUGACAGAAGUCAACGGGGAAAUCAAACGAUUUAAAUCAAUGCUAAGUGCGCGAUGUGUCAUCGAGUGGUUUGAGAAGUUCCAUUUGCAUAUGGAAGAAACCAUGGAUAAAACGUCAUAUGAAGAAACCAUGGAUAAAACGAAGUCGCAGGCAAAUGGAACCACCUUUGCGCCUCGACAAACCUCCCGCGAGUUGCCCAGCGCCGCUUUCCCAAUUUCAAUGCCAACGAUU